AACUGCUGGGUACUGUAUCUUAACUAGUCAUUUCUCUCCAUGUUGGCUUGAGAACAGGAACCUUUGUAGAGAUGUCAGGCCUGGAUGGGGCUCUUGCUCAUGUGGUUUGGAGUGAUACUUAAUGUUUGGUAUGACCCAGAUGCCCUUCCUUCUGGUUCGCUCUUCACUCCCCGGAUCUUGGCGGGGCCUCACCCCUGCCUUGCUUCCGCCUCUGCCCCCGCCCGGACCGUCUGGCCUGGGAUGAGGCGGAGCUUGAGGGGCGGAGCUUGAGGUCCCGUGGCCUCCCAAGGUAGGUAGGGCCUCCUCCCAGCCACGCGAAGAACAUGGUCCUGCGGGCUUUUUGUCUUGACCUUUAACCUAAUCGGUGGGGGUUGUGGCCGCUGGUGUCGGGGCACGUGCGAUCUAGGCGCGUGCGAUGACCGUUGGCGGGGGUGACAGUGUCGCUACGUUGCUCCGUUGCUCCGUGAGGAGGAUACGGCUGGGGCCUCUACCUGCUGGUGGCUGUGGGUGCCGGGUGUGAGUGCUGUACUACCGAUCCAGGGAUCCAGUAGGGCAGGGGCCACACAGCCACGCAACCGGAGGCAGGCGGUCCUGGGGCUCCUGCCAAAUCUCCCUGAGAACUUUGGGUCACACCCGCCUAAACAGGGUUGGAGGGUGGAGGGAGAGUGUCCUGAUAAUAGUGUAUAUUGAGGGUUAACCUCAAGGAAAUGGUGACAAGCACUCCAUGCCCCAUUCAGGGGUAAUUUACAGCCUCAUUUGUAAAAUUGUGCUUGCUCUGUGCAUUUCCAAUGUAUUAUAUAAAGACAUGGUCACUUUUAGGGAAAAUGUCUGAAAAACUAAGAAGAUGCAGAAAGGAGUUGGCUGCAGCCAUUGACCGGGCCUUUGAAGGAGUCAGUCAUUCCCAAGAGUGCACAAGCCAGCAGAGACUGGAGCUGGAUGCUGCUCCGUUUUCCUUCUCACUGCCCAUGCACAGGCUUCUCUGCAGAAGACAUCCAUUGGCAGCCUGCUCUUCUACUGCUCCUUUUGCUGCUGUUCCAUGUCCUCUUGAGAAUGAGAACCUUACCUUUGCAUUAAACCCUGUCCCAGUAAAUGCAAAACCACAUGUUUUAUGCCCCAAAAGAAAACCUCUGACCAGCAAAGAAAAUGUACUGAUCCAUUCCUCCAUUUUGGCACCUGAAAGACAGUUUUGGAGAGCUGCAGGAGAUGGGGAAAACUGGAGAAAAGAAAGUUUAAGGAAAGAUAUGGAAAGAGAUUUGAAGGUUGACUCAAACAUGCCACUCAACAGUUCUAGCCAAGAAGUCACAAAGGAUCUGCUUGACAUGAUUGACCACACAAGUAUCCGAACUAUUGAAGAAUUAGCUGGAAAACUAGAAUUUGAAAAUGAGCUAAACCGUGCUUGUGGUCGCUGCCAAGAUUCACCCUUCAAGGAGGAAGCUUGGGCUCUGCUUAUGGAUGAGAGCCCCCAGAAGGCAUUGGAUGCUGACCCUGGUAGUCUGAAGCAGGCUUUUGAUGAUAAUAAUAUAGUUGAGACUGUUCUGGACUUGGAAGAGGACUAUAAUUUGAUGACCUCUUUUAAAUACCACAUGGAUUAAGGACAGUUGAUCUUAGCUGUGAUACUUUACAGCAGGAGGCUGCCAUCAAGGAGUCUGAGCAGAAGCAGCCAUGGUCGUUGUCAGGGGCCACAUUUUUCAAAGGGUUGGCAAAACCUGAAUUACCACACCUUUUUAAAAUUUCCAGUUGUGUCCCUUUUUGAGCUGAGAGCUCAGUUUUUGAAUUCUGUUGUUUUAAUAUAUUUCCUAUUGUUGACUUUGAUUUUUCUUGAUACCUUGAAUGUAUUUUUUAAAUUGAUAUUCAAUAUACCCAGUACCCAAGCUAGGUGGGAUGUGGGUUUCUGCUGU